CGAAACUCUGGCAACGGGAGCAUUCAGCCAUUUUGUUUAGUCGAUAGGAAUGGUUGGCGUUUCGUGAAUGUUUGAGAAAAUUUUGAAAGAACCUUUAUUUUGCCCAGUGCUGUGUAGUUUGUAAAGAAGGGAGUGCUGUGUCAUCCAUUGUGUUGUCCGUUAAUUGGUGUGUUCAGUGCGUAUGAUCACUGGAAAGGACCGAAUUACUGUGAGGAUUCCUAAUACUGCUAUGAAAAGAAGUAGUGAUAGAGACACUCCUCCAAGAAGUAAGCGAUCGAGAUCGAGCAUGGGACGGUACGACGAUAGUUCAGACGAAAGAAUCACGCCCGAUAGACUUCGGCGCCGCGGAAGUCGCGGUCGUUCGCCGAGUCCGCGACCUCGCUAUAUCUCUCCCCAUCGUGACGAUUAUAUGCGUCCACCCGAGAGAUCCUAUCCUUACAAAGUACUUUGCGUCAGCGCCCUUCAUCCCAAAGCUAGCGAUGAGGUGAUAAAGGAUACUCUAUAUAGGGAAUAUAAGAAAUAUGGUGAUCUUACCAUAAGAGUAACUCACGAUCUGGACGAGAGGGUGGCGUAUGUAUGUUUCCGGAACCCCGAAGACGCACGUGACGCGAAACACAGCAAACCGCGUAUUAUAAUUUACGAUAAGGUCGCGUUGGUAGAAGCCGUUUACGAAGUGCCGCGUUCGAGUGAUAUUUACCGUGGCAGGCCUAGGUCUAUCACUCCGGAAUAUGACCGGCACUAUUACGCGAGGUCACCCGAACGAUUAAGGCCACUCGAUCGGUACGACCGGGCCUACGGCCCGCCUCCUGGAAUACCCGUCCACCGGGAAUAUAGACGCGAAGCUUUGCCGGCUGCCCACCAUGAUUAUUUGGCUCGACCGCCCAUGCAUCACGGUCCGCCUCACAUGGCGCCCGCGCAUAGCUACGGUCCCCCAAGGCAUACAGUGCCGCGUGCGCAAUUUGAAAAAACCGAAAACAAAAAGGAUAAGUUUCCAAAUUAUCUGCACCAUAUUCAGCCCGAAGAUGAUCCGCUAGCAACUCGGACUUUGUUCGCCGGAAAUUUGGAAAUCAACAUAACAGAAGAAGAGUUGCGAAGGAUAUUCGGCCGUUACGGAGUAGUGGAGGACAUAGAUAUCAAGAGACCUCCUCCUGGUACAGGUAACGCGUUCGCUUUCGUACGGUUCCACACUUUGGACAUGGCGCAUCGCGCCAAAGUUGAGCUGUCCGGACAGUACAUAGGAAAAUUCCAGUGCAAAAUAGGUUACGGCAAGGCCACGCCGACAACGCGGAUCUGGGUCGGUGGUUUGGGAGUGUGGACCUCGAUUCCCCAGUUAGAACGCGAGUUCGAUAGAUUCGGGGCCAUAAAAAAAAUUGAGUAUGGCAAAGGCGAGAAUCAGGCUUAUAUUUUGUACGACAGCAUCGAUGCUGCGCAGGCCGCAGUUAAAGAAAUGCGGGGUUUUCCUUUAGGGGGCCCCGAUAGGAGACUUAGAACAGAUUUUGCGGACGUCACGCCCGGGGUCGCCUACCGUCCGAAACCGCCCUACAGCGACGUCGCCGACGAAUUUAGACGUCUGGAUUAUGAGUAUGAUUAUGAUCGGGCCUACGGGGCCGGGGCUUAUAGGGACAGAUUAGCGUAUCCUGAACGUAGGGCGGGUAGCAGAGGUCCGUACCGCUAUCCAGAGGAUCAGGAAGAGUGGGCCAGAGCCCGAGAGGGAGAGUUUCCCAGAAGAUCCGGCUCGCGCGUGGAUAGGUCCCGUUCUCGUUCGCCCAGGAGAUCUCCGGAUUCCGAUUCCGAUAGUGGAUCCAGAAGGGCCGGUCUGUUGGCCUCGAGUCGCACGUUGCCAGAAGUGGCGCGAAAGUGCACCACGGUAUGGCAGGGAGCUUUGAUUUUGAAAAAUUCCCUAUUUCCCGCCAAAUUCCAUCUGAUGGACGGCGACACGGACAUUGUGGAGAGUCUCAUGAAAGACGAGGAUGGUAAACAUCAGUUGCGGAUCACGCAGAGGUUGAGGUUGGACCAGCCGAAGCUGGAGGACGUGCAGAAGAGGAUACAGAGCGCGAGUUCGCACGCCAUAUUCCUGGGCCUCGCGGGGUCGACGGCUUCGGUGUCGAACGAGGACGCGUCGGUCCAGACGAGGCCCCUUAGGAAUCUGGUGUCCUAUUUGAAGCAAAAAGAGGCGGCCGGCGUGAUUUCUUUGCUAAAUAAAGAGACCGAGGCGACGGGGGUGCUCUAUUCGUUCCCCCCGUGUCCGUUUUCUACCGAGCUUUUAAAGCGUUCCUGUCCCAACUUAUCCGACGAGGCGAUCAAGGAAGAUCAUCUGAUUAUAGUAGUGGAGAUCGGAGAUCAACGAUAAGUAACUUUUGUGUAGGCCCUUCAUUUUGUGUAACACUUGUCAUGUACGUAACAGGCAGUGGUGUUUAUGGUCUAAGUGCUUUGCAGUUCUUUCCCAUUGGGUUUGCGCAACUUGAAUUCAGUGGUUUUUGGUUUUCAUCGUACUAUUCGUGGAUGUUCCUUGACAUUAAGGGAUGUGAAAGAACUGUUCAUUAAACGCAGUGCGAAAAAUUCAUAUUCGUGUAUUUAACUUUAAUCGCAUGAGUCGCAAAUUUAUAAACAGACCUCGUGAUCUAUAGUGGUAGGAGCUCACGGUGGAACAAAUUGUCAUAAUGUACUCUGACUAGUUCGUAUCUUGCUAAGCGGGUCAUAUAGGAACACUUGGAUGGAAAAUUAUUGUAGUGUAGUGGAAAUAGAUAAAAGUUUUUCUGGCAAUAGUGUUUUGUUUCGUUGAGUUCCUUUAGUGCAAAGUGCAGCAGAAUCCUCUGAUUUUUUUUUGUUUUGAAAGUGAGUAAAGGGGGGGAAACCUUAGUUUGUGUAGUGAAGGGUCUCAGAUAAAAGUGGUGAUGCAGAUUUUUCUUAAACCAAUGUCAGUGCUCUUAUCAAACAAAAAAAAAUGUUGCAAAAUCAAAAAGUGAUCUCACUAGAAAUCAACCAAAGAUUUGACUGUGUUAUUAAAAUGGUAAAUAAAAAAACUUAUGCCAAAUUGUCGAAAAUACGGUCUUAUUUUUUUACCCCCAAAUAUUUUUUUAUAUUGCUAACUUGUUUUAAAAUUAGCUAUUAUGGUGUUCCGACUGCUGCUGUAAGUUGAAAAACACCUUAAGAUAAGUAUUGCCAAAUUUAUUGACCAACAUAAAAUUAAUUAAUAUACAGUAAGGGGUAAAUCACGUUUGAAAUCUGGUGUACCAGCUCUGUGAAAUCCGUGAAAUAUUUCUUUGCAAUAAUUAAAGCAUCUUUAAAUAAUAAAAAAAACGCCAACAUGUAAUUAUUAAAUCAAUAUUUUAAAAGUUGGUUGGCACAUAACCAGUUACGUUAAAUGAAUUUUAUUGGUGGGAUCUUUAAUUUAGAUUUCUUGGAGUAUUCACUCAACCCAGUGAUUCCAAAUGAUUUACUUUUUUCAUUGCAAUUUUUCAUCAACAUAUAUUCAUAAUUAUAAAAAUUGUUUUUAAAUGUCUUAAACCUGGUCCUUAAAUAAUUUAAUAUAGGAAAAAUUGUUCACUUAGUUCUGGAAUAAAAUGCAAAAAUAUCACAGAAAGAAAGAAAAGAAAUCUUUGUGAAAUCCGUGAAAUCUGAGGAGUCUGGUGAACCAGCUUUGGUUGGUGAUUUGUCCCUCGCCAUCUAGUGUGUCCUCUUGUAGCAGCUGGACAGCUGAAUUAAAGAAUACAUGCCUCUUUUUGAUAACAAAAAUAUUUUUUUAAAUUGGUUUUAUUAGUUUUAGUAGUUUAUAAGUUUCUUUAUUAGAGUUGCCACUGAAAAGAAGACAACAAUAAAUCAGAAGUACUUCCCUUAAGUAGUGUCUAAAAAAUAUACCUACAGAACUAGAAUCCAUAUAUUAAAAAAAAAAAAUCGACAGUACUGGAGAAAAAGUUAUAUAAAUGUGAAUUAAACUGAGAAAAAAUUACUAACUAAACAAUCCACCUUCUCGGGAACUCCUUGCAGUGCAUUUUUGUUUUGGACACAUGAU